AUGCCGUGCGUGUCUCUGUUACUGUGGGUGGCAUGGCAGGCUACUCACACGUUCCCAUGGGCGAGUGAGGAGGGCAUGGCAGCGCAGCGGCUGGUGGCAUACGUGUCGGACCAGACGCAUGCAUGUGCGCUCAAGGCGUGCCGUGUGGCAGGCAUGCCCGAGGGCAACGUGCGAGUGCUGCCCAUCACGGCUGCAUCAGCAUACGCCCUCACUGCCCGCCAGCUGUUGGAUGCGGUGCAGAGCGAUGAGGCUGCUGGCCUCAUUCCCUUCUUCCUCGUCCUCACUGUACGUGGGGGGCACCUUGUUGUUCCCUUCUUUCUCACUCUCACUGGAGGCGGAAGCUGUAAGUUUCCCCAUGUUGCAUGCCGCCGGUGCGUGGCGCCUCAUCCUCCUCGCCAUCGUCCGGUCCGGACUGACCCUCUCGCACCAGCACUCACUGCCGUGCGCUCAUUCCUUUCCACGUGCCUGCUCUGCUCCUCUGCCACGUCAUGCCAGGUUGGCUCCACGUCAUCCACUGCUGUGGAUCCAAUCGCCCCUCUGGCUGCCAUCGCGAAGGAGCAUGGCAUGUGGGUGCAUGUGGAUGCGGCGUAUGCAGGCAUGGCGAGCAUGUGCCCUGAGAUGCGCCACCACCUGGCAGGCGUGCAUCUGGCCGACUCACUAGCCUCCAACGCUCACAAGUGGCUGCUCACCAGCUUCGGCUGCUGCUGCCUCUGGACCCAGGUUGGUGCACGCAGGGCUGGUGGGAGGAGAGGUGAUGCUGACAGCACGUCGCUGGUGGAGGAACUGUCUAUACUGCCGGAGUAUCUCAGGAAUAAGGCAUCAGAGAGGCAGCAGGUGGGGGACUACAAGGACUGGGAGAUUCCCAUCGGCCGCCGCUUCAGGCGCCACGUGGCGCUUGCUGAGUGGUUCGAGGAGGCCGUGUGGCAAGAUGAGAGGUUCGAGCAUGCUACUACCUGCCACCCCUCGCCUCUCCCCCCUGCUCCCCAGCUGAUGGCGCUACGCCCCUUCGCCCUCAUCUGCUUCCGCCUCAAGCCGCCCGCCCCUGCCGCCUUCACACACAGCGGGAUAGGUGCGGGCGAGGGGGGGUUGGACAAGGGGGUGGAGGGCACGGACGGAGGGAGGGAGGUGAACACGGCGCUACUGGAGGCCAUCAACAGCAGCGGGCAGGCGUACCUCACACACACUGUCCUGUCAGGGCAGUACACGCUGCGCAUGGCAAUAGGGGCGGUCAAGACGGAGAUGACGCACGUGCAGGCGGCGUGGAGGCUCAUCCAAACAGAAGCUUCCAAGUUGCUGCAAGAGGGCAAGUUUCCAACUGCAAGAGGGCAAGAAGAAAUUGCUUCAGAAAGAUGA